GGUGUGACCCUUAAAUUCAGGACUCAGUGAGUGGCCUAGAGGCAGAGGGAGGAGGUAGAAGCAGACAGGAAUCUAUACUGGACAUACUUCCACUUUGUGUUACUUUUGGUCCUAUAUCCUGACCCUAUUGACCAUCCCAAGAUGUACAGCUACAGUAAACCAGGUUACUUCACCUGGACAGCGACAUUGAGAGAGUGUGGAAGCCUCACUAAUGGGGCACGAUCGAGGCCCACCAUGGCGGUGCCGAGCUCCAGUGGACUCGAGGUCCUCAUCAGCACGUUGCAGAACGCUGGAGACAAGGAGAACAUGCUAAACAUCCUCAACGUCCUGGAUGAACUGUUGUCAGCAGGCACGGACAGACGGAUUCAUCACAUGAUAUCAAAAGGAGGCAGCGAGGCCCUGCUGACGGCUCUGGUGAACUCAGCCCGCAGCUUCACUCCCAACUACACCAUCCUACUGCCGCUGCUGCACCUGCUGGCCAAAGUGGGCUACCGAGAUCGCCAGAUUGGUCUGAAGGCACAGAAGGCAGAUGCAGUUCUGGUGGUUCUGGGUUUGCUGCGGCAGAAUACAGAGAACUCCCGGAGAGCCGCGGCCUGUCUUUGGGUUCUCAGAGUCUUCUGCUCCUCUGUGACCACGGCCAACCUGCUGGGGAAGAACCGAGGGCUGGAUGUGGUCUUCAAGCUUAUAUCUCCACACAGCACCAAGCACCUACGCACCGUCAAGGCAGCCGUCGACGCUUUCGCUGCAAUGUUACGCUCAAAGGUCAACUGUCGGACUGCUGUUGCAAAAGGCUACAUCGCGGAUCUUCUGAAGCUGUACGAAGACUGGCACAACAAUGACGUCAACCUUAAGAACAUUCCUAUCCGUAGAGCCCUACUUCAUUGUCUGCAAUGUGCCGCCAACUCAGCUGUGGGCAGAGAUGCCCUGGUCACCGAAGGUGGCAUUAGUCUUCUCUUCCAGACCACUCAGACCUGCUUGACCAUGAAAGGCCUCGAAUCUCUGGUGGAACCGGCGAUCCAGCUGAUGAGGAAGUGCAAUCCCAAAGUCCCUCUUCCACUGACCUCAGAUAAGAGCGUCUUCAGCUUUCCUCUUCCUGGGCAGCCUGUCGAUGACUGGGAUGCUGAUUUAGGACUUUACGAUGACAGUUUAGAAGAUGACAGUGAUGAAGACGCGGAGAACGAGGAGCCAGACAACAGGGACUACGAGGAUGACCUGGAAACAGACGUGAACAAGCUGCGUCCCCAACCAGAGCCCGACCGGACACUAGAGCAGCUGGGCCAAUAUGUGCGCCUCUGCCCUGAGCUGCACCAUGACUUCCAGGAUUUGGACUCCAGCUCUGAGGUUGCUGAAAGCUCGGACGAUGACAGCACUCUGGAGGGAGAUUUAAACGACGAGACACAGAGUGACCAGAGAGGCUCCGACCUGCCCUCCGAUCGAGAUGAACACCACCUCCACACGAGCGACUUCCAUAAGCAUUACCUCAAUUGCUCUAGGAGAGGCCAAAAAGGUCACUCUAGUAUGGUGGACAGGCUUCUGGAGAAGUACGGGAUCUGCAUUCCCAACCAUGAUCCACGUCUCUAUGCCGCCACUGCAGCCAAUACAAAGUCUAUAGCUGGAUACUCCAUACUAGCCUUCCCUGACUUCUGGGGACACCUGCCCCCACAAGAGCAAGAGCCCAUGGCUAAAAGACCACAACAUGUGCAGAGAAAGAAAGUUUUCGAAGACAUCCAGCGUCUCAUCUGUCCAGAGGACAUCAUCAACAAGGUUAUUUUUGACAUGGACGAUCACAGUCCACAGUGUACCCCUGAUAUGUGUCCCAGUUCCCUUCACUUCUCUCUCGCUCCUAUUCUCUCUUACUCCCACUGAUUUUCUCCUGUCUGUCUCUCUUUUGCACUCUCUCUCAGUCAUGAAUAUGAUUUGAUUCUCAAUGCUGAUGUCAACUCCUCUGCAUUUUGUCAAUGGUUCUAUUUUGAAGUCAGCGGCAUGGUGGCCGGCGUGCCUUAUCGUUUCAACAUUAUCAAUUGUGAGAAAGGAAACAGCCAGUAUAACUAUGGCAUGCAGCCUGUGCUGUACUCUGUGAGGGAUGCGCUGGAGGGCAGACCACACUGGGUGAGAACAGGCUCUGAAAUCUGCUAUUACAGAAAUAAUUUCUGCGCUAGAAGAGGUCAAAAAAGUUCUUUCUACACGCUGACAUUCACGGUGAUGUUUCAUCAUGAUGACGAUGUGUGCUACUUGGCCUACCACUACCCUUAUACCUACACCACCCUUCAGACCCAUUUGAAAAUGUUGGAGAAGUCUGUAGACCCACAGAAAGUUUUCUUCAGGCAACAAAACCUCUGCGACACGCUGGCGGGAAACUCCUGCUCCUUAGUCACGAUCACAGCCUGCCCCACUUCCAGAGCCUGGAAACAUCUGCCCCAGCUGCGUAACCGGCCAUGUGUGGUGCUGACAGCAAGGGUUCAUCCAGGAGAGAGCAAUGCCAGCUGGGUACUGAAGGGCACGCUGGAGUUCCUGUGCAGCAGUGAUCCUGUAGCCGAGAGCUUGAGAGAGGCCUACAUCUUCAAAAUUAUCAUCUUGAUAAUCACUGACGGGGUCAUUAAUGGCAAUAAUCGCUGUUCUCUCACCGCUGAGGACCUCAACAGACAGUGGCUGAUGCCGGACCCUAAUUUAAGCCCCACAAUUUACCACACCAAAGGCUUCCUCUAUUACCUCAACAGCAUAGGCAGGACUCCGCUGGUGUUUUGCGAUUACCAUGGUCACUCCAGGAAGAAGAAUGUGUUUCUGUAUGGCUGCAGUAUGAAGGAAACCCUGUGGCAGUCUGGAUCUCCCAUUAACACGGCCUCCCUGAAAGAAGACCCGGGAUACAGGACCCUCGCUAAAACUCUGGACCGAAUAGCUCCUGCAUUCUCCUUCAACAACUGCAACUAUCUGGUGGAAAAGUCUCGGGCGUCCACAGCACGGGUGGUCGUUUGGAGGGAGAUCGGUGUCCUCCGAAGCUACACCAUGGAAAGCACUUACAAUGGCUGCAAUCAAGGCAUCUACAAGGGGUUGCAGACAGGGACGCGGGAGCUGGAGGAGAUGGGAAUGAAGUUCAGCCAGAGUCUUCUCACCCUCAGGAGGAACGCCAUCCAUUAUAACAGCCGUCUGAUCCACCAUGCAUCUGCCCUGUUGGACCUGGACGACAGGCUUCUCGACCACAAAUCCAAUAAUUGUUUCGAGGACGACGAGCCGCCCUGCAUGGAGGAGAUUGAAUACUCAUCCUGCAGCGACCCGUUUGGUGCCAACGAAUUGGACACAGAGGUGAACGGUAACACUUCCAGUGAGGAAGAGGAUGAAGAAGAUGCAGAUAUUAUCUGUUGUGUAGGGGAGGGAGAGUGA